CCACCCCCCCUGACUUUUAUAGCCCGCUUCACAAACACACUUCGUCGCAAACCUCGUCGCCAAAGCUACCAUGAAGAUCACCGACAAGAUAGCAAAGGCAACAGCCGAGGACAGGUGCUUCUGGUCCUUCGAAUACUUCCCACCGAAAACUGAAGCCGGUGUGAUCAAUCUAUAUGACCGCAUGGAGCGCAUGUACCAACUGGGCCCAGAGUUCGUCGACGUGACUUGGAACGCUGGCGGGAGCAGCUCGGAUGUGACUAUGCAAGUGUGCACGACCGCGCAGGCGGUAUAUGGGCUGGAGACUUGUAUGCAUUUGACGUGCACAAACAUGCCCCGGGAAAAGAUCGACAUCGCGCUAAAGGAUGCGAAGGCUGCCGGGAUACAGAACAUCCUUGCGCUGAGAGGGGAUCCACCGCGAGGGCAGGAGACGUGGACAAAGGUCGAGACAGGAUUCUCGUAUGCGAUUGAUCUUGUGAAGUAUAUCAGGCAUGAGUAUGGGGAUUACUUUUGUAUUGGGGUGGCAGCCUACCCGGAAGGUCAUACGGAUAACCCAGACCCAGAAGAAGACCUACGGCACCUCAAACGCAAGAUCGAAGCGGGCGCCGAUUACGUCGUCACUCAGCUCUUCUACGACGUAGACCUGUUCAUCACCUGGUACAAAAAGGCCCUUGACCUCGGCAUCACAGCCCCGAUCCUCCCCGGCAUCAUGCCCAUCCAAAACUACGGCGGCUUCAACCGCAUGACAUCGCUCUGCAAGACCUACGUCCCCGACCACAUCUUACGGGACCUGGAACCGAUCAAGGACGACGACAGGGCCGUGAAGGACUAUGGGAUCCGGUUAGCGAUCGAUAUGUGCAAUAAGAUGAAGGAGAGUGGGAUCCGCGGGUUCCAUUUCUAUACCCUCAAUCUGGAGCGGUCGACGCGGCUUAUCUUGGAAGGGUUGCAGUUUGUCGCGCCGAUUGACCAGGUGCGGCCGUUACCGUGGAACCCGUCAUUGGCGCGGAACCGCGAAAAGGAGAACGUGCGGCCUAUCUUCUGGAAGAACCGCAUACGCAGCUACAUCUUGCGGACGGAAGCGUGGGACGAUUUUCCGAACGGGCGGUGGGGGGAUGCGAGGUCGCCAGCCUUUGGCGAACUGGACGGCUACGGCUUCAACCUCAAACACUCCGCCUCCGAAUGCCUCUCCCUUUGGAAACACCCCAGCACCCUCCCCGACCUCUACGAGCUUUUCCGCGCCUACUGCACAAACGAGCUCAACGUCCUCCCCUGGUGCGACGGGCCCUUAAUAGCCGAAUCCGACGUCAUCCGAUCCCGGCUUGUGGAUAUCAACACCAAGGGCUACCUGACGAUAAACUCGCAGCCCGCGGUGGACGGCGCGCCGUCGUCGCAUCCCGUGUUUGGUUGGGGACCCAAAAACGGAUUUGUGUACCAGAAGGCGUAUUUGGAGUUUUUUGUGGGGCCUGAGGAGCUGGAUAGGCUGGUGAAGAAGAUUGCGGGGUAUCCGUUCGUUACGUAUUAUGCCGUAAAUAAGCAGGGCGACCUCCGCACAAACACACAAGGCGACUCCCCCAACGCCGUAACAUGGGGCGUCUUCCCCGGCCAAGAAAUCGUACAACCCACCAUCGUCGACUCGGCCAGCUUCAUCGCCUGGAAGGACGAAGCCUUCGAACUCUGGCAAAAAUGGGCAAACCUCUACACCCCUUCAACACCCUCGCACGACCUGAUCACGACCGUCGCGGAGUCCUGGUUCCUCGUCAAUGUCGUGGAUAACAAUUAUAAGGACCAGCAGGCUAUUUUUGACAUUUUUGAUUGAAGGGGAUAAGGACGCGGCGAUGUCGUCGUAGAAGCGCACCACGGCGCGGUAACCACGAAGAGAUACUCGGAUAGUCAGAACGGCAUACAUAUGUCUGAUACAUGAUACACCCCGAGAUGGUAGAGUAGCCGAUGUGGAAUGAACGCUAGUUCGAUCACAGUUAUUUUGGCAAUUUCCUGCGGCAGAGAGGCAGCCGGAGGUAAUUUCGAAGAUUGGCAUAGCUUUUUGCCACCAUUGCGUUUGCGAACAAUUUAGUGGCAUGCCUUGGUCUGGCAUAUAUAUAUACAAGGCUUGAGGG